CGAAGAAGCAGUGGAUAAUUGACACUUCUGCUGAAGAGUCGCCAGAGUAGACUUAAUAGAGACUGCUCGCCCUUAUUUCAGGUUCCCGAUUUUCUCGUUGUCUCUCUCCAAACAGAAACUACUUUCUCUCACUUUCUCGCGCGUUUUCUCGGCAAAUUUAAGAAACUGACAGACAAAUAUAACCUCUCCGCACAGCUCAGUUCUAUUAUCACUCCAAAUUUCAGCAGAAAACGAGAUCUGGAAAUCUAGGGUUCUGAAAAUCGGUAUAAAAUGCAGAGGCAGACUAGACUCAUGGAGAGGACCAACUCUAUGAGAGGGAAGAGGCAAAUGGAAGGGGGAGAGGAGGAGCAGCCGGAGCGAAAGCGGCCGGCUCUCGCUAGUGUAAUUAUAGAAGCUCUCAAGGUGGACAGUCUGCAGAAGCUAUGCUCAUCAUUGGAACCUAUUCUUCGUAGAGUUGUAAGUGAAGAAGUGGAACGUGCGUUGGCUAAGUUAGGCCCUCCGAGAGUUAAUGGAAGGUCUUCCCCAAAACGGAUUGAAGGUCCCAAUGGGCAAAACUUGCAGCUAGAGUUUAGGUCCAAUUUGUCUCUUCCGAUCUUCACUGGAGGGAAAGUUGAAGGCGAGCAGGGUGCUGCAAUUCAUGUUGUUUUGGUUGAUAGAAACACACAGCGAGUUGUGACUUCGGGACCCGAAUCCUCUGUAAAACUGGAUGUUGUUGUGCUUGAAGGUGAUUUCAACAAUGAAGAUGAUGAAGGCUGGACUCAAGAAGAAUUUGAUAGCCAUGUGGUGAAAGAGCGUGAAGGGAAGAGACCUCUGUUGACUGGGGAACUGCAAGUGACCCUCAAAGAAGGGGUAGGAACACUAGGGGAUCUGACCUUUACAGAUAACUCAAGUUGGAUACGAAGCAGGAAGUUCAGGCUUGGAAUGAAAGUUGCUUCGGGAUUUUGUGAGGGCAUGCGCGUACGUGAAGCUAAGACAGAAGCUUUUACUGUUAAAGAUCACAGAGGAGAAUUGUACAAGAAACACUACCCACCAGCAUUAAGUGAUGAUGUAUGGAGAUUGGAGAAGAUUGGCAAGGAUGGGGCAUUCCAUAAGAGGCUAAACAAUGCAGGAAUAUUCACAGUUGAAGAGUUUCUUCAGCUUGUGGUCCGAGAUUCUCAAAAAUUACGGAAUAUUCUUGGAAGCGGUAUGUCGAACAAGAUGUGGGAUGCUCUUUUAGAACAUGCAAAGACUUGUGUCUUGAGUGGGAAGCUUUAUGUUUAUUAUCCUGAAGAUACAAGAAAUGUUGGUGUUGUUUUUAACAACAUCUAUGAACUGAGUGGCCUCAUCGCUGGGGAGCAGUUUCACUCUGCCGAUGCUCUAUCUGACAGCCAGAAGGUGAAUAUUAACCUCUUUCUUUUGGUUUAUUUUAUUUUUCUUGGAAUGUGGUCUCACUUUUUUAUUUUUUGGUCGGUCAAUCUUUGUGUUCUUUUAGAUUACAUAUUUCAAAAUAAAUUUUCCUUUUGCUGCAAGGUUUUAUAUUUGACACAUAGUGGAAGAGUUGAAACAGGUUCACCAAGGAGAAUUAAUGUAGGGAGAUGAGUUUUGUUUUUUGUUUUGUUUUUUUUCUGAUAAUUCAUGUUAGGAGGAUGUGCU